AUGCACCUCUCUGACUGCCCCUCUGGAACCUUGACGAAGGAGGAGUUCCAAAAAAUCUACCGGCAAUUCUUCCCCUUUGGUGACCCGUCCUCCUUCGCGAAUUACGUUUUUAGAGUUUUCGAUUCUGAUGAAAGCGGCAUGAUCGAUUUUAAAGAAUUCAUUUGUGCAUUGUCCAUCACUUCAAGAGGACGAAUGGAAGAUAAAUUAGACUGGGCUUUCCAGUUAUACGAUAUUGAUGGUGAUGGGAAAAUAACCUAUGACGAAAUGCUGGCUAUUGUCGAGGCUAUAUAUAAGAUGGUCGGUUCUAUGGUCAAACUGCCUGAAGACGAAGAUACUCCCGAGAAACGUGUAAAGAAGAUCUUCCGUAUGAUGGAUAAGGAUGAGAAUGGAAGUUUAGACCUCGCGGAAUUCAAGGAGGGAAGCAAGAAAGAUGAGACCAUCGUCAGCGCUUUGUCUCUGUAUGACGGGCUAGUGUGA